GCAACGACGAACGCUGUCAUGAUGUCAGCCGCUAGCUUGUGCUGAUUAGCUGGGGUGGGGGUACAGCAUUCGGUGGGAGGAACUCUUUACGAUGGAUGAUGAAGAUUUGGACCAAUUGCUGGAUGAAGUCGAGAAAAAGUUUUGUCGCAACGUUUCAAUUGCGUCCUCAGCGGCUCGCACCAACUCAAAUGUGGUUGGAAAACACGAGAAAGACAAAGACGGACAGAAAAAGCACGGUGCCACAAAACCUAAAGGGUCAGUGAACAGUGUCACUGAGGAUAUUGACGCCCUGCUGGAGGAAUUACAGGAGGAAGACUGCAGUCAUUUCCCGCAGCCAAAGGCUGAGCAGUUUCCUAAAGGACCACAUGUGGAAAAGACGCUUCCAUCUCAGUCGGGAGGAAGAAAGUGCUGUCCUGUUUUUAUUGGCGGGAGCUUUGUCGCAAAUGGUGUCGGAACAGCCGCAUCCAAGAGAUCAUGUGACCAGCUGAGGUGUAUAUCCUGCGACUUUCGGGUGCUGAUGUUUGAUGACUGUGAGUGGGAUUCAACCUGUGAUUACCUGUUCCUCAGGAACAACAUGCCGGAACGUCAGAAGCUCAGAACCAAGCUGAAGAAGAGGAGAGGCUUGCGGGCGUACGCCUGCCAGUGCAGCUGGAUCUCCACGUUAGAGUCGACAGACCUCAGGGACCAACCUCAGCUCAGAUGGGUCUGUGGCAAACACCAAGACUGAUUUUCCCUAACCCCUAACCCUCACUGCUAGAAAGACUGUCAUCUCAUUGGAUCUCACUGUAUUAUUCAAGUAGUACAAAAAACCCCCCCAAAUUUCUGAAAAUCUAGGGUGUGUGUUUUUUAAAAUUUCAAAUAUUAUAUAACAGGACAAAACUGCAAACGUGAAUGCAUUUUUUUUUUCUCACUCUUAACUGAAGUCUUUCAUUGAACUACCAAAUAAACAAAUUGGUACUCUUUCUCUGGCCAGACACGUGGCAGCACUUCUGCUAUAAUUUUGUUUGUAUUUAACAAAAUAAAAAUGCAGACAUAAGUGUACACAUUAGUUUUUGACUGCCAGUGAAAACUGUUCUCUUUACAAAUAACUCUCUUGCUGAGCUAACGCAGCCAAUCCCUCAGCAUGUUUGUGCUCUCUGCUCAUAUUACCGUCAUAUUAAAUAAAUUUUUGGCUUUUUAAAUAAAUUGUUUUAACAUUGCACUCAACAACAAACAAAUCCUCCCUAACAAAAAAGUAACUUCAAGGGCCAAAUUGCAUCAUAUUUCUUCAGAUCAAUAUACGAGCCACAAGUAGGGGUGACAUGGGCCGCAAGUGGCCCCCCGGGCCGUGAGUUUGAGACCCCUGCUCUACACAGAGGGGCCCAGACUAGAUUAAAAUCCAGGUCCUUCUUAUCUCCAAAUGUGUAGCUGUAAAAUUAUUGAAAUUAUCAAUAAAAUGAAAAUUUUGAUUGAUAAUUGAUCUAUGAAAUGUAUCUUUGUAUUUGAAGAGUUUGUUAACUUCUAGUUUGAUAGCUGGCAUCAAAAUUUGCACCCAAGCGCAGAGUUUCGCCGUUUUUAAAAACAGUAAUCUCAACAUAAUAAUGUGUCUUUUUUAAAAAAAUGUCAGAUGGUCUUAAAAGGCUUUGACUGCCAGAAGGCAGAGGAGUUCAAAAUGAAAGUUCUGCAGUAAAAGGAGGAAAAACAUCUGCAGCACAACAGAGCAAAUGGCACUUGUGAUGUAACGGCUAUAUUUAUUUUUUGACCUGCUUGGUUGUUUGCUGUCCCAGUGAAUUAGAAAAUCUGAGAUAAACUCUGUAGCUCUGUUGCUCAGCUGCUGCGUUUUUUGGGGGGGAGAUUGCUUAUUGGAACAUUUUCAGCAAACAUCUUCUUCCUUUAUUUCUCCCAAUUUCUGAGUUGUGCUCAUCUGAAUGUAAACAUGUUUAGCAUUAACCUCUUUUCAGAGUUAUCACAACUCAUUUGAGUGUGUGGAUAGAAAAUCCAGAGGAGAUUGAGAAAACAAUGGGAUAUGAAAUAAAAACAAUUACAAAGAAUAUUAGGCGUCUGAAAAUUAUUUAGGGACUACCAAAUGAAGCGCCGUGUCAAAGUAAGUAUUUAUUUCCUGUCGACUCCUCUUUAGCUGCUAAAUCCUCCACAGGCUGGGCUCACAAGCUUUUUUUUUUUCUUGCAGAGAGCUUCUGCUUGCAAUCAAAGGCAACUGUGGGAGUUCUCAACAAUGAGGCCAAAACCUGAUAUAAACUUGCAAAACCAGGUGAUGCUGCAGAUUCAGCUCAUAAUUCUCUGUGGUAUAAUUUCCAAAGUGACUUUAUACAUGUUGGAUGUUAAUAUUUGAUUCUGAUAGGCCACAACAGAUCCUGGGAUUUUAGUGAGUAAUAAUUCUGACAUUAUAUCUGCUGUUAAUCUUUAUAGUUAAUUAAAUUAUGGCAUCACUGUUUUUUCACCAGCAAUGCAUUUUACAAACUGUAAAGACGACACUUGUCACCUCCUCCUCUCAGCUGUGAGUAGCUGCAUGUAAACUGUGACUUUAGAGGCGCUCUGUUGGACAGACAGUGUAAUGGCACCAUUUCCAAAUCACCCCAUGGGUCUUUUUAUGCAUUAUGUUGUCUAUAAAAAAACUGCAAAGAAAAAGAAAAGUUUGCAUGUUGAUAAAUGUCUGGAAACAUUUCCUGAUGCCUGUUUGUCUUUCUGAAGCCAGCAUCUGGCUCCACACCAGUGUAUUUGCUGUAAUAAGCAAAUGCAUAUUACAAGCUAUUCAGUAAUAGCAAUGUGUAAAAAGUGGGGUUAAGUAUUAAAAACUUUUUAAAUAUUAAAAAAAUGCUGUGUGAAUAUGUGUGCACUCAAAGCGCUUUGACUGGAAAAGUGGUAAAACUGUUAGAAAAGGUUAUUUAAAUCAAGAAGAGUAAGUCAGACAAACAUCUUACCCUGUAAGUUAAGACUCAUCAAUAUCUUCAUUCUAUCUUUAAGAUCUGAUUGUGAUUAGUUUUGUAUUGCGUCAAACGUAUGUGUUGCUUAGAUGUUUUCUUAUAACAUGCAAGAGAGUUUCUGCUCUAUUCUUUUACCUGCAGCGUUGGUGGUGUUAAUCCAUGUGAGAGCAAGAAAAUAUGACAGAUUUUAUGUAAGGUCAAUAAAUAUAAUAGUUGAUUUACCUGUUUUAAGAAUUGUCACUAUUAAGACUUAUUGGGGGGGGGUUAAGUUUUAAAUUUGUUUCUAAGGAUCUGUAUUUCUUGUGGAUGUUCAUCAAGAAAAUAAAAAAUUGGUAGGUCAGUGA